CCAAACCCUCCCUCUCCCUCACCUACCCACCACACCAGUUUCUCUACCUGAUAAAAUAACUCCUCAAAAACCCAAUAUCAUACCCCAACCCUUCUCCAAUAGUACUACGACUACAUUACCCCAUACUCCCCCUCCCACCAUAGACAUGACCGCGGUUCACUGCCCCCUCCUCCCCCCCUCCGUCCCCAUCUCGGAGACCCACCAGCCAACCCAACCCUCCCAUAGAAAUCCAAAUAAUAGAGGGGCAGCCAGCCAGCCAGCCGCCGUUUAUCGGACCGGACGGCACCAUACCAUGACAACGGGGGAGGGAAAUCUCUUCACCAAAUACUAUACCAACAUCCAACAGUCUCAGAAUAUUCUCCCCUGAGUAAAUCGAUUAUCAAUUAAUCACUUAUUGUUUGUGUUGGAAAAGAUUGAUUGGUACCGGCAUCAUGGCAGCAACGGAACAGAAGGAGACUAUGCGCGCCGUCGUCUUCAAGGGCCCUUAUAAGGUCGCCGUGGAGGAACGCCCCGUGCCCCGCGUGAUCGAUGCGGGGGAUGUUGUUCUUAAGGUUGGGUUUACGGCGCUUUGUGGCAGUGACUUGCAUGUGUACCGUGGGAUAGAGCCCGCCGGUACGGGCUUCGUGAUGGGCCACGAGGUCACCGGAACGGUGGUUGAGGCCGGCGAGGCCGUGAAGUCGGUUCAGAAGGGGGAUGUGGUUGUUAGUGCCUUUACGACGUCUUGCGGCAAGUGCUUCUACUGCACGCAGGGGUAUUCAUCGCGGUGCGAACAGAACAUGCUACUGGGAUGCGACCAUCUGGAUGGCGCGCAGGCCGAAUAUCUAAUACGCAUGGCGCAGAUCAGAAUCCCCAACGCGGAUGGAACGGUGGUGAAAGCGCCUGAGGGCGUCGAUGAGAAAUACCUCGUCCUCAUGGCCGACAUCUUCCCGACGGGGUACUUCGCGGCGCGCAACGCGUUCAAGAACUCCACCGCGGAGCAGAUCGCGCAGCAGACGGUCGUUAUUAUCGGCUGCGGCCCAGUCGGGCUCUGUGCGCUGAUCAAUGCGCUGGAGUACAAGCCCAAGCACGUCCUGGCGGUGGACUCGGUUCCCUCGCGGCUGGAACUGGCCCGGACUCUCGGCGCGGAGCCUUGGAACUUCAUGACCGACCGGGACGGCCUGGAUAGGCGUGUCAAGGAGCUGACGGAGGGUCGCGGCGCCGAUGCCGUCAUUGAGGUGGUGGGGUUGAGUCCCGCGCUGAAGACCGGGUUUGAGCUGCUGCGGCCGUGGGGGACCAUUAGCAGUGUGGGUGUGCACAAUGGCGAGAUCCCGUGGGAUGGAAACGAUGCCUAUGGAAAGAACCUCACGGUCCAGAUGGGCCGGUGCCCUGUGCGGUCCGUUUCGGAGCAGGCGUUGGAGGUUCUGAAGAAGAACCAACAUCUUCUUGGGUUCAUGGCCGACAAGAUCAUGCCCCUUUCGCAGGCGGUUGAGGCGUAUGAGAUCUUCAAUGCGAUGAAGGUGCAGAAGGUGAUCUUUGAGGCGGACAAAUAGGCGCAGACGGACAAGUUCACGAGAACCUAACGAGUAGAGCAUGCUUGAAGCCCGAGAUGCAUUCCAGGUAAAAAUACCAUGGUGGUGGUGGUGGUCCUGAUGGUGGUAAUGCGCAAUACCUGCUGGGAGUCUUCUAGAACAAUACAACAUGAUGAACAAUCAAUCCAGCAUCGAUAGAAGUAAGAUUAUAGAAUUGCUAGAUAGACACAUAGCCGUGGAGAAUAGAGUAGAGCGGAG